CCCACACCAUAAUUUCUGUGUUUCUUUUUCUCUCCUUAUCUUCUCUCAUCUGCUGUCAUCAAUAUCAUCGUUACAAUUUACAACUAUUUCCAAGUUAAACUUUGCACAUCAAUUGAAAUCCCACGAAUUAUAUACAUAGAAAAACAUGUCAAAAUCUGUGCAAGUCCCAGAUUGUUUCUACCCUGGGCCACCAAUUACCAUACCCCCAAGUGCUCCAACGCCAAAGCAUUCUCUCUAUCUAUCUAAUCUUGACGACCAAAAGUUCCUUAGAUUCGCCAUUAAGUAUUUGUAUAUCUUCAAAGAAUCUGUGAGCUUGGAUGUGUUGAAGUGUUCUCUGUCUAGAAUUUUGGUGGAUUACUACCCUUUGGCUGGGAGGUUAAGGACCAGCAUUUAUGGGGAUGAUCACAAGCUUGAGGUGGAUUGCAAUGGAGAAGGUGCUGUUUUUGCUGAGGCUUUCAUUGGUUCCACCGCUGAAGAAUUGCUUGAAUCUUCCAAGGUACCAAACAAGUCAUGGAGAAAGUUCUUGUACAAGGUCGAAGCUCAAAGUUUCUUAGAUGUUCCUCCUCUUGUGAUCCAGGUGACGAAUCUCCGUUGCGGAGGGAUGAUCCUGUGCACGGCGAUCAACCACUGUCUAUGCGACGGCAUCGGCACGUCACAGUUUUUACACGCAUGGGCCCAACUGACCAAAGACCCCAAAGCGGAUUUGACAAUCGUGCCCUUCCACGAGCGACACGUGUUGAAACCUCGAGAACCCCCGGAGGUAAACUUCCCCCACCCAGAAUACACCAGAACAAAACCCACUUGUCAAGUGGACCUGCUCAAGUUGAUGCAGUCGCAGCCACUGGUGGUCACGUCCUUCACUUUCGACCACUCCGAAGUGCUUCGCUUGAAGAAGCAGUGCGUGCCGUCGCUGAAAUGCAACACCACCUUCGAAACAAUUGCGGCGCAUACGUGGCGCUCGUGGGUUAAAUCCCUGAACCUGUGUCCCACACUAACGGUAAAGCUCCUUUUUUCCGUUAACGUUAGGAAAAAGGUGAACCUCCCUGAAGGGUAUUAUGGGAAUGGGUUCGUCUUAGCGUGUGCUGAGAGCACGGUUAAGGAUUUGGUUGCUGAUAAAAACCUGCGACACGGUUUGAAACUGGUGCAACAAGCUAAGUGUGCUUUGGAGGAUGAUGGGUAUAUAAGGUCGAUGGUUGAUUUGUUGGAGGACAAAACAGUAAAAAUGGAUGUUUCUAGAAGCUUGGUUAUAUCACAGUGGUCUAGGCUAGGGUUAGAGGAUGUGGACUUUGGAGGAGGGAAACCCUUGCAUAUGGGUCCUUUAACAAGUGAUGUUUAUUGCUUGUUUUUACCCGUUGUUGGAAAUGCUAAUGCGGUGAGAGUGCUUGUGUCGGUACCGGAGAGUGUUGUGGAAAGUUUUCGGUAUCACAUGAUGGAGAAAGAGAGUUGGGAAAAAGAUGAAAAUAGUGAUCGUAACACAAACGGGUAUCGUGUACAACAACAUGGAUUGUUCUGA